AUGGCGGACCGUGAUAAAGAUCAGGAGGCCCAGACUAGAUCUGAGUCUGAGGAGAAGGAGUUGAGAGAGAGACCCAAGGUCAAACUGCCUCUUGUGCCCACCGUGCCUGGCAAUGCCUGGUCGCAGAUGAGGGCUCGUGCGCAAGAACAUAUUCGUGAAAGGGAGCUGUAUAAGCUGGAGUUUGGUGAGUUGGGGUAUGAUCCUAAUACCGGUAUGUCGUGUCUCCCCUCCCUUUUCGCUGUUGGCUUGGCUUUUCUGAUGGGAGUAGUGAUAACCCGUCCAACCGCGACCUAUUCUUCAAGGCCCAGUACGAUGAGAAAAUCAUCUGGACUGGAUUACGACGAGGCACUCGCCCUCCCGAUGCCUAAGCCCCGUCUUAUGGCUGCUAGUAGUUCUGCUCCUGCGCUUGAGCCGACGGCUUUAAAGCCGAAUGUUCUCACAAAAUUGAGUGGUUUGAAGAGACAGGGCGCCACGGAGCCCCAUCCUGGUGAUAAGGUUGGUGUGGGUACAAAGGUCGAAGGCGAAAAGAAAAAGUCCAUGAUCGCGACGCUGAAAUCCAAACUCAGCUUCAAAGAGCUUGGUAAGGAGUUUCGUAAAGCUCAAGACCCUCCACUUAGCGCUAUGCCUCAACUGCCACCGAGCAUUGGAAUUCCACGCGUUGAAAAGACCAAACAAUCGCCGCCUGGGUCUUUUGAUUUUGAUGAGGAAAGACUGUAUGUCCCCAAGCCCAGAGAUCCUGAAGUGCACCCUGCAUCUGCUCCAGUCCAGACCACUAGGUUUUCGGACACAGGUAGCUUCGAGAGUUCCCCACAGAGCGCCUCAUCCUGCCCUGCACAGCAGGCUAAGGGAGAUGACGGGCUUGAUGCAGAAACUCUUAAAGACACACAGGAACAACAUCGGCCUCAUCACAAAGUGGGAAAUGUAGAGCCCAUGACACGCCUUGACACUGUCUUGAUUGACGGCUCGUCUCCUCCAGCCAGCACAGGCGAUACCAGCAGGGGCCAUCCGGCGGUUAUCGAUGUGGAACGACGCUAUAUCAGUAUGAAAGUGGAGAACGAACCAUCAGUUCCCUCCAAGCCAAAAACUGAUGCCACCUCUACUGAGAGUCCAGCUUCGUACAAGCCAUCGACGUCCAACGCACCAGAAGGCAUUACACCGGUGUUCUCAUCGUGCGAACGCAAACAAAGCACGGUGGAGAAGAAUCGCCCGCUAGUCGUCUCAUCGGAUCAGCAGAAGCAGAGGCCACUGUCUGUCAUAAUACAGGACCAAACUGAAGUAACUACCCCGUCCGGACAGUACAGUAAGCGCUCAUCUACUAGAUCACGGGAGCAUAGAGCCUCAAGCCCUGGACAGGCUGAACCUGCCUUCGACCCAACACAUAUGAGGAUGUCCUUCAAUUCUCAACUCCCUAUGGAUGAUCCUCGGUUCUACUCUGGCGUGACGACUCACGGAGCUAUGCGCCUCCUCCACCGCACCCGGGCUACCAAAACACAGUAA